GAUCCUUCAAUGCACGAUUAAACCUCGAACUCGAAAGCGUGUAUGACUACAUAAGUUGGUUUAAUAAUAGAACGUUACGUCCAUGAUUAUAGUAGUCGAAGGGCCCGAUUCUGGCAUGUAUGAUCCUCUACCUAUGCCAUGUCAAUGGUCAUGCCGAAGUCCGAUGUUCUCUCUGCAGCUAAUUUGAUAUCAGUGUAUCCUUGUUGUGAUUUGUGCAGAAUAAAAAGAAAAGACACAGGCCCUUUGAGCUGCGUUCCAACCUAGGCUCUGAUUCUAAAUGCAAGUUUUUACCCUGAAAAUAGUUUGUAUGUUUGGAAUGCAGCCUUGUACUAAUCUGUCAUUGGUCAGCUGUCUGUCAAUGUCAAUGUCAAAUUCGGACCAGCACGUGAAGUAGAGCAAGCAAGCAAAGCAAAGUUGUUUGGUUGUUGGUGAAUAACACGUGUGAUCUUAUAGUUUUUUAAGUAAAUAUGCAAAAUAAAUAAGUUAAAAUGCCACCAUUUCGUAAAGGUUUGUUGAAAAGAAAGAUAUACUCAGAAGAUCCUAAAGAUUCAAGAAAUGAAGCAUUGUCUAAAAACGAAAGCCUAGAAGACAGCGAAGAUCUAAUACGGGGUGACCUUGAUGAUGUGAACGAUGCAACAGACUCUGAGCACGAGGAGGACCCCAACAAUGCCGGUUCUGACAACGAGAUCGAGAAAGUUAUGUUUGGUGAUGAUGCAGAUUCCACAUUAGGAGAUGAAGCAGACUUGGAAGAUUCAGAUCAAUCAUCUGAUUUAACUGACUCUGAAGCUGAUACUGAAGAAAAUGAUAGUUCUGAUGAGAAUGAAGUGAGUGAAACCACUUCCGAUUCAGAGAAGAGUAUUGAUAGUGGAGCAGAAUCAGGGCCCAGCCAAGCACAAUCUAGCGAUGAAGCAGAGAAAAAAUCUGCCAAUCAAAAGCAACAAAAACUAACUACAAAAUCACUAAAAAAGAAGCAAUUGCAAACCCAAAAAGAAACAAAAAGCAGUGUUGACAUACUUGCUGACAAAAUCAAGAAUUCAAGUGUCAGUAUACAACCUGUUGAACAAAAAGAUGAGUACUCCUCUGGCGACACGUCGGACGAGGAGGACCGCCGCAACACGACGGGCGAGGUGCCGCGCUGGUGGUACGACGAGUACCCGCACGUGGGCUACGACCUCGACGGACGACGCAUCAUCAAGCCCCCGCAGCGAGACCAGAUCGACGAGUUCCUCAAGCGAUGCGAGGACCCAGAUUUCUGGCGCACAGUGAAGGACCCCAGCACAGGGCAGGACGUGAAGCUCAGUAAAGAGGACCUCGAGCUCAUUCACCGCCUUCGCGAGGGACACGUGCCCAACUCUUCACAUGAUGAGUACCAGCCGUGGAUAGAGUGGUUCAGCCGUUCUGUUCUGGCGACGCCGGUGCGCGCGUUCCCGGACCACAAGCGGUCGUUCCUGCCGUCGCGCUCCGAGCAGCUGCAGGUGGCCAAGAUCGUGCACGCGCUCAAGAUGGGAUGGACCAAGACGCGAAAGCAGCUCGCUGAAGAGAGGAAGAAGAAAAGGGAGAAGCAGUUCUACAACCUGUGGGGUUCGGAGACGGAAGCAGUUCGCGGCAUACAGCGGCACAUCCCCGCCCCGCGCCGGCCCCUCCCAGCACACGCCGAGAGCUACCGGCCCCCGCCCGAGUACCUGCUGGACGCCAGGGAGAUGAAGGAAUGGAACAAGCUGUCGGAGACGCCGUGGUUGCGCAAGUACACGUUCCUGCCGACGCAGCACCACAACCUACGCUCCGUGGCCGCCUACUCGCGGUACACGCGCGAGCGGUUCCUGCGCUGCCUCGACCUGUACCUGGCCCCGCGCGCCAUCAAGAUGCGGCUGACCAUCAGCCCGUCGGACCUGGUGCCGCAGCUGCCGUCCCCCCGCGACCUGCAGCCCUUCCCGACGCGCGAGGCGCUGCAGUUCCGGGGACACGCGGGACCCGUGCGGGCCCUGCAGCCCGACCCCAGCGGGCAGUAUCUGGUCACUGGCAGCGAUGACGGCACACUCAAAGUAUGGGAGAUAUCGACGGGUCGGUGCCUCCGCACGAUCUCGCUGGGAGGCCGCGUGAGCCGCGUGCUGUGGAGCCCCGCGGCCGGCCUCAGCCUCGUGGCGGCCGCCGUGGGGCCCCGCCUGCUGCUGCUCAAUCCGGGGGCCGACAUCGGGGCCCACAGGAUCGCGGCCCGGACCGACGAGCUGCUGGAGGAACCGCCGCCGAGACGAGACCAAGCCGAGGAUGAGCGCACCGCUUCGUGCGUGGAGUGGCAGAAGGUGGCGCCCGAGGAGUGGGCGCGCGGCGUCAGGAUCGCGGUCAAGCACUUCAAGGACAUCGUACACGUGGCGUGGCACGGGCGCGGGGACUACAUAUGCGUGACGUUGUCGGACGCGGCGUCCCGCAGCGUGGUGGUGCACCAGGUGUCGCGGCGCCGCAGCCAGCUGCCCUUCCGGCGCAACAAGGGGCUCGUGCAGGCCGCGCUCUUCCAUCCCGCCCGGCCCUGGCUGCUGGUGGCCAGCCAGCGCGCGGUCCGCAUCUACGACCUGGUGCGGCAGGAACUACUGCGCAAGCUGCAGCCCGGCGCGCAGUGGAACAGCACUCUGGCGGCACAUCCCUCCGGGGACCAUCUGCUGGUCGGCUCCUACGACUCCAAGUGCAUGUGGUUCGAUCUUGAACUGUCGGCGCGGCCGUAUCAAACGCUACGUUUACACGGUAGAGCCGUCCGAGCCGUCGCCUUCCACCCGCGCUACCCGCUGUUUGCCAGCGGAGGCGACGACAGAUAUAUUGUCGUCUCACACGGGAUGGUCUACAACGACCUGCUCCAAAACCCCCUGAUAGUUCCCCUGAAGCAGCUCCCCGGCGGCGAGCCCCGCGACUCGCUCGUGACCCUGGACCUGUGCUUCCACCCCACGCAGCCCUGGCUGCUCGCCGCCUGCGCAGACUCAACCGUUAGACUCUAUUCAUGAACCAAAUAAACUAUUACAUGCUGAUCGUCUAAUUUAUUGGUAAACCUUACUGACUGCGUCCUCGGAACUGCUGUACACAGUUUUGUUGACGACUUAUUUUAACGUCAGGAUAAUAUGUAAGCGCCGCCUUGGGAGUGCGGCGAGGUUAUGAUGGGGGACUCCGUCCCACCAGCACCAGCUCUUCAGCCAGUCCGAGGACCGCUAAUAAAGAGCCCAACCCACUAAUACCUAGACGAUGCCCUUAUCUCACCGAAGGGUAGGGAUGUCGGAAGUUGAAAAAAAAAUCGAUAUAUCGAUACAUCGAUCUUUUAAAAUAUAUCAAAAUCGGCUUCGAUAUAUCGCGAAAAAAACAUCGAUAUAUCGGACCAAUUUUCCCAAAAAUAUCGUACAGUAUCUCACGAAAUAUGACACGCGGAAUAAUAAUGGAACGAAAAUUAUCUCCCUAAAAAUGAUUUUCGAAUGAUGAAAAUGAUUGCAGGGUCUCUUUCGUAAACAAGACUAGACAGUCACACACUUCACAGAAUAUAAUGGAAAUCAGCACAACGAGUUCACCAGCGAAACAGAUUUACAAAUAAUAGACAAUACUAAAUAGAGCGCAGAUCAUAGAUAUGUUGAAUAUCAUUAAUCUGAGAUCCAGUUACGAUUUUUCCAGAGACGAAUUUAGUUAGAUCGUGAUAUGCCGCUAAUAAUUAAAAAAAUAUCGUUUUUGAUACGAAUUUCGAUAUUGGUUAUUUUGUAUCGAUAUAUCGAAUCAAAAAUAUCGAUAUAUCGAACGAAAAAUAUCGAUACAUCGAUAUAU